AUGGGUUUAGGUUUUGUCGUUGGAUUCCUCGGCCUUCUCAUUCUAUUUCACGCCGCAUAUUUUACCAUCCAAUAUAAGGCUUUGUUGAAGAUCACACAGGAAGAAUUUUCAGGGUUUCCUUUGAAUGUGGUAAUUGAGGUGUCUAUUGGAUUAUUGUUUUGCAUGUGGGCUGCGCUGACUGUGCCUGGCAAGUUGUUUUCCAUCCACCCUGAUUCUGAAGAGAACAGGAUUGUUUCUUUACCUGCCAACGUGGACUUCAUGAUCUUCAACCAUCGAGGCAAAGUCUUUCCUGUAGAAAUGGAUGUGAAGCUGAGACAUUGAGGACUUCUAUAUAAUUGGAUCAAGUUCCUUCAUUUCUUAUACCAGUGUUGGUUGACAUAAGUUUUGCAGUUUCCUUUUGUAGCUUCAUACUUAGCAUUUCUGUACUGGCACCCAGGUGUCUUUGCAAUUUUGACCGGAUGUUACUACUAGACCCUUUUAUGAUUUUGUAGCCUCCAAUUUUACCAUAACUUUUUUACUACUUAAUGGUAAUGCUCAAAAU